AAAAUAGAUUAUUUUAUUAAAAUGUCUCUUUAUACAGAUAUGUCUGCAGCAUUGUCUAUUUUGACUGAAAUAAAAUCUUUGGUCAAUGAAUCAGGUGAUGAUAAAUUAAAAACAAAUACCAAUAAUGAUCUUCAACUCUUAAUAUCAGUAUUUCAAAACCCAAUAAUAAAAACAAUUGCAUCUGUUCAGGAUUCUGUAUCUGAAUUGAGUUGUCAACUUCAAGAACAUCCAUCAUUAUUACCAGUUGAUUUUGAUAUAUCGCCUGUUACUGGUCAAUUAGUAUUGAGUUUGCCAGCUGAUUCUACUCCUUACCAUAGUGUCCCAGAAGAUUUAGAUUCUGAUCAAAGAGUUCCUAAACUUUCAAAUAGUUCAUCUGCAGGAAGUUCUUCUCCUUCAUCAAAGGAAAGUAAAUCCUUAAUAAAAGAUAUAUCAUCUACUUUACUACCAAUAACAACUCCAUCUUAUGCAGUUGAAUUUCAAAAAGCAGUUGAAGAAGCAUCUAGAGGACGUAAAAUACAUAAUGUUCAACUCUAUAAACCUGAAGGUUGCAGUUUGGGUUUUAGUGUAGUUGGCCUAAGAAGUGAAGAAAAAGGAGAACUUGGAAUAUUUGUCCAAGAAAUUCAACAAAAUGGAAUUGCUGCACGAGAAGGAGGGCUUCAUGAAGGUGACCAGAUUAUUGCUAUCGAUGGGCAACCAUUGGACACAAAUGUGUCUCAUCAGCAAGCUAUUGGAAUACUGCAACAGGCUCGUGGGCUUGUUCAGUUGGUCGUAGCGCGCCCUCUUACACCACCUCCUUUACCAACAUCACAGCCUUCCAGUAACAUGUUGAACACAGAUUGGGCUCAAGUUGAAGUAAUUGAGCUACUCAAUGAUGGAUCUGGAUUGGGAUUUGGUAUUAUAGGUGGUCGUAGCACUGGUGUUGUUGUUAAAACUAUACUUCCAGGAGGAGUGGCUGAUAGAGAUGGACGAUUACAAAGUGGUGAUCAUAUACUACAAAUAGGCGAAGUAAAUUUAAGAGGUAUGGGAAGUGAACAGGUUGCAGCAGUGCUUCGACAAUCUGGGAGUCAAGUUAGAUUGGUAGUAGCUCGUCCAAUAGAAUCUAGUGCAAUUGAUAUAAUUCAAAAUUUAAGCUGUAGAGCACCAAUUGUACCAACAAAGUUGUUAGGAGAUGCAGAUGAGCUUGAUCGUCAUUUAGUUCAGCAUGGGUAUCCAGAAGUUGCAACAUAUACUCCUGAUUAUUUUUUCCAAAAUAUUUCAAAUGAAAAUAAUAUGAUAAUCAGUGAUAAUAUUAUACCUGCCUCAUUACCUGUUCUUACAAUGGAUAUGGUACCACCAGAUAGUAUUACAACUCUCCCAGAAACUGAUUCAUUUAGUGUGCAAUUAAAAAAAGAUACUCAUGGUUUAGGAAUAACUAUAGCAGGGUAUGUUUGUGAAAAAGAAGAAUUAUCUGGUAUAUUUGUGAAAAGCAUCAGUGAAGGUAGUGCUGCUGAUCUAUGUAAAAAAAUUCAGGUGAAUGACCGCAUUGUUGAAGUUGAUGGAACUUCAUUGCAAGGAUUUACUAAUCAUGAGGCAGUUGAAGUUUUGAGAUCUACAGGACAAAUGGUAACAUUGCGUUUAGAACGUUAUUUACGGGGCCCUAAAUUUGAACAGCUACAAGUAGCCAUAGCAGCAUCAGAAAUGAAGCCAAACACAAAUAGUGCAACUGCAUCACCAUCUAUAAUGUCAUUGCCUAGAUUUCCAAUAACUGAUGGAGAAAGUACAGCAGAAAUUGAAGUAGAAGGUGAAUCAGGAGCAACAGUAGAGGCUGAUAUGCUUGGUGAAGUAGAAGAUGAAAUAGCUGAAGAAACUGAUUCCGUGGGAAAUUCUUCUCUUGAUGGAGAACUUAAACCAGAAACAUUGAAAAAGAUUAAAAACAAAUGGACUGAUGUUAUUGGAAAUAAUGUAGAUAUUGUUGUAGGUCAGUUGAAAAAGUUUAGUGAAGGCGGUGGCUUAGGUAUAAGCUUGGAAGGUACUGUAGAUGUAGAAAAUGGCAUGGAAGUGAGGCCACAUCAUUAUAUACGAUCAGUUUUACCCGAAGGACCAGUGGGAAAAAAUGCAAGUCUUCAAUCUGGCGAUGAGUUGCUUGAAGUAAAUGGGCACCGGUUAUUGGGUAGAAACCAUAUGGAAGUGGUUGCUAUUUUGAAAGAGUUGCCUAUUAAUGUCAGAAUGAUUUGUGCUAGACGCACUGAUGAACAACAAUUGCCUCACCAUUAUCUUACUGACAUUACUGAGGAUCGAGCCGCUUUUGCAGCUAAAAAUGCAUUGGGUGGUAGUCUUCAAAAUUUAAUGCCUGCUACUGAUCGUUUGGUAAAAGCAAAAUCAGAUGGAUCAUUGGCUAGUACUGGAACAGCAGGGUGUUCAGAAUCUAGUAGAUUGCGUUCUCGAUCUCUUGAACCUCUUACUGGAUUAGCUAUGUGGUCUUCACAGCCUCAACUCAUCGAGCUUAUGAAAGGAGAACGUGGCCUUGGAUUUUCAAUUUUAGAUUAUCAAGAUCCCAUGAAUCCAAGUGAAACAGUUAUUGUAAUUCGUUCAUUGGUACCUGGCGGAGUGGCCCAAAAUGAUGGUCGUUUGAUACCUGGAGAUCGUUUACUUAGAGUGAAUGAUAUUUGUUUGGAGAAUGCGUCAUUAGACCAAGCUGUGCAAGCUUUGAAGGGUGCUCCCAAAGGAGUAGUCCAUAUUGCUGUUGCCAAGCCACUACCCAUACCAGAUAGUAGCAGUCAGGAUGAUAGCUCAGAAGAAAUAAAAAUGAGCAAUGAUGAAGAUGAUGAAGAUAGCUAUUCAAUGUACAGUUGCCCUGAAUCACCUAUCAUUUUCGAUGAUGUAAAGAAAGCUGAUGAAACUUUUAAACAAAUAUGUUCAAUGGAUGAGACAGAUAAUGUACAAGAUGUGCAAGAAAUUACACUUACUAAAGGCUCAUCACCAUUGGGCAUAAAUCUCCGUAGACGUUCAUUUAGCGAUCAAAUGGGUUUGGAAAUUGAAAACUUAUAUGGUGCUGCUGAACGAGAUCGCAGGCUAAAAAUUGGUGAUGUAGUGAUUUCUGUUAAUAAUGAAUCAUUGAAGUAUGUGUCACCAGCCCAAGUGAAAUCAAUUUUAUCUAGAGCUAAUCUACUAACAGGCCAUAUACCUGUACGUUUUGUACGUGCAGAGGCGGUUAAGAAGACCUGUAUAAUCCGAAGUAAAACUGUACCCAGUGUAACUCUAUGUACUCCUAGAUCACCAUUUGUCGAACUACGUGAAACUGAAGAUCGUUUACUUAAUAAGAAACCUCAUCCUAAAAUUUCUAGAUCUAAGUCUAACAAUUCAUGUUCGCAAUUGGCCAAAUCAACAAAAUCUAAAUCCGAUUGUGUUAUAUGUACUAAAUGUCAUUCAAUUCAACGAACAAAGAGUUGGAAUGAAACUGAUCCAAUAAAUGAUGUGAGUUUUGAAAACGUUAUCAAUUAUUAUAAGGUAUUCAAAACUAGUGACAAAUACGUAUGCGCAAAGUUUACUAGUGAUCAAUUUAUUAAGAAAUUAGAUGAAAAAUUGCGCGAAGAAACUGAUAGAUUGUCAGAAUUUACUCAAAGUAUAUCUAUAUCAUCAAAUUUAAAUGAAGAUGAAAUUGAUAAUCAAUUAAAAGCUAAAACUGAAGAGUUAGAAAGACUCACCGAAGAGGAAGCUUAUACAUCUUUAGACAAAAAUGUAUUACGUUUGGGAAGUGCUGAAUUUGAAUCUUUUGAUGGUCCAACAACUCGUAUUUAUCGGUUUCCAAGUACUGGCAUUGGCUUAGAUAGAAGUGAAGGAAGCGUAUUCACUAUGACUGUAUCUGGGCAACAAUCAGCUGCUUCCUUGUUGGCUAAACAUUGGGGUCCUCAACGAGAAGUAAUAGUUCGGAGAGAUCCAAAUAAAAGCUUAGGAAUAAGUAUAGUUGGAGGAAAGGUUGAUUUUUUCAAUAGUACUAAUACAAAUAAUAGCGCAGCUAUAUCAGGUAUAUUCAUAAAAAAUGUACUUCCUCAAAGUCCUGCAGGUCAAGAUGGUCAAUUAAAAACCGGUGAUAGAAUAUUAGAAGUUAAUGGGACUGAUGUUCGACACGCUAAUCACGAACAAGCCGUUGCAAUAAUUCGUUCAGCUGGUAACCCAGUUAUUUUUCUCGUACAAUCACUUGUAUGUUGGUCCGAAGAUCAAUAUGAACAGUCAAAAUCAUCUGUUAUUGAAGAUUCGUUUAAAGUAUCACAGGAGCCUAUGAAACCUGUCAAUAGUGUAAAAAAUAGGAUUUCUACUUGGCAACAGAAAAGUGAAGAAUAUGUUAAUGAAGAUAAUAUUCCGCUUCGCAAGAAUUCAUUAGCUUUUAUUAAAACUUUGAGUUCGUUCGACCGUAAAAAAUCUAUCAAAUCUAAUAAAAGUGAAGAUAGUGAAGAAGAUGACGAUAACAGAGAUAAUGAAGGCCGCGUUAGAAUUCAUUCAGGACAAGAAAUAAUGCGGUCUAGUGCUGGUAAUGUUAAAAGAUCAAAAGUAGAAAUUGACGCUGAUCCAGAACCAGAGGAUGAAUAUGGUUAUACUCCAAAUAAAGCAAAGAAAAAGUAUGGAUAUCUGUGCGAUGUCAGGGACGGUGGUUCCAUCAGCGAGGUGUUGGUAGUAAUGUUGGAGAGGUCUCCUGGUUCCGGUCUAGGUCUUAGUUUAUCCGGUCACAAGGACCGAACGAAAAUGGCGGUCAUGGUGUGCGGAUUAAAUCCCAACGGUCCGGCCGCAAAGUCCGGAUGUUUACAAGUCGGCGAUGAAAUUUUAGAGGUUAAUGGGGUAGUUUUACACGGAAGAUGUCACCUAAACGCCUCAGCCAUUAUCAAAGGUAUACCAGGACCGAUAUACAAAAUAAUUGUGCUCAGGAAACCUACGGCCCUGGACGAAUUAGCCGUGCGACCAAUCACUCAAUUUCCUAUUACAUUAGAUGACGAGACGCCAGAGGAGAAGUAUGCCAACUACAAAGGCCUGCGGGUCGUUACUAUGAAGAAGCCCUGUAUCAGUUUUACAUACGAAGGCCAAAUCACAAAUUCACCUACACAACAGAGUCCUCAUGGUCUUGGCAUAAUGAUUUUGGAGGGGAAACACGCGGAACUUGGCACAGGUAUCUUCAUAUCUGAUAUACAAGAAGGAAGCCCAGCUGAACAGGCGGGUUUGACGGUAGGCGAUUUGAUUUUGGCUGUAAAUAAAGAUACACUUCUGGGAAGUACGUACGAAGCGGCAUCAUCGUUGCUGAAAAAGACUGAAGGUGUCGUAACGUUAGUGGUAUGUAACCCGCGUAAAGACGAGGUUGUAACGGCUACAGAUCAGAAGAGCGCCGAUAAACCUAAACAACCGGAAAAACCGAAAUCUCAAUCACCCGUUUGUUUGGACCAUUCAGUCGAACCGCCACCAGAUCCUGCGACCGCACCAAUAAAACCUGGUUUUGAAUCAACAAUUGAAAUCAAUAAGGACAAAGUCGGCUUGGGUCUCAGUAUAGUAGGCGGAUCUGAUACAUUACUGGAUGUAGUCAUUAUUCAUGAGGUAUAUCCAGACGGAGCCGCUGCCAAAGACGGUAGGCUCAGACCCGGAGAUCAGUUAGUGGAGGUGAAUGGGGAAGACUUUAGAAACAUAACGCAUAUCAAAGCAUUGGGCGUUUUACGGCAAACACCAGCAAAGGUGACCAUGGUCGUGCUGAGAGACGAGUCGUGCGUUCCAGAUGAAAAUGGUAGUAUUUCCGCAGACACGACGAACAUCACCGACGCGUUCGAUGUAGAAUUGACAAAAAAGCCUAGCAAAGGGCUAGGAUUGAGUAUAGUGGGCCGGAAAUCCGGUUCGGGAAUAUUUAUAUCGGACAUCGUGGUGGGUGGUGUGGCCGGCGUUGAUGGCCGUCUGAUGAAAGGCGAUCAGAUCUUGGCAGUCAACGGCCAAGACGUACGGAAUGCUUCUCAAGAAGAAGCCGCUGCUGUACUGAAGACGGCGACAGGCAGAGUCAUUUUGAAAAUGGGUCGUCUCAAAGCUCGCUCGUCCACGUCUAGUUCAGACAACGACUCGGCGGCGUCUAUGGAAGAAACGCGCACCGUGACGAUGGUACGUAGGAUGGACGGGUUCGGAUUCAGCAUCGUUGGCGGUCACGGCCACCUGCCGAUUUACGUCAAAACUGUGUUCUCCGGCAGCGCAGCCGACUCGAGCGGGCUGUGCCGCGGCGAUAGGAUUUUGGCGGUUGACGGCGUGUCAGUGGAGGGCAUGGGACAUGAUCAGGUGGUCGCCCUACUCAACGAAGCGGUCGCGCCCGUUACGCUCACCCUGCAGUCGUAGCCUCCCCCGCGGAGGAUAAUGUGUUUGAGUACUUUAAUAUUAAUUAAUAAAUUUUAAGCGACAUCACCGCACUGUUCGUGAUUCGUUUGAUGUAAAACGCUCAUUAUUUCAAAAGACUUUUACAUAAUUUAAUGUUGUCACAAAACAUCAAUAAUAUUUUUUAUCGGUAUAAUUUUUUUUUUUUUUUGACGACUACUCCUUUGAAUGACAACAUGCAUUUUUUUAAUUUCAUAUUCCUAAGCAAAAUAUUAUUCUGAGUAUUUUGAACUAUUAUUUAAAGUUGGUUUAUUUAACAAUGCAUGCUGCCAUUAAAAAAAGUAAAAAUAUAAAAAUAUAAAAUUUUAGAAAAAUUUUGUUUUGUGAUGACUUAAAAUAAAAUUAUGCAAAAAAAAUGUUUUCAAAAACAAAUAGUUCUAGAAAUAAUGAGUUUCUUACGUUAAAUGAGAAUCACUUGGUAUAAUGUAUAAUACGUACCUGGUAUCCAAGUCAUUGUACAGCACUAUCCCUUCCUCUCCUCUUACCGUAUCACGAUGACGAUAAAAAUAAAAAAUAUAAAUGCGAUCCAUACACUCUCGGGUUGUAGAGGCAGGUACCUACCUAAUAAUAUCAUUCUGAUAUUAAAUCUAUUUCCAGACGAUCAUGUGGUUAAACUAUGAUAUUAUAUGAUUAUAAUAAUCCGAAUUUCUGAUUCGAUCUGGACACUGCCUAUCUGAAAAUGUACCCUGACUUGACAUUUUUCUCGGAACGGUUAUCACUAAAAUGGACUGUCUAUAACAAAUAGUAGGUACAACGACUGCUACUGCAUAUACUCGGACACUCGUGCGUCGAAUUUAACACAUUCAAUGCAUAUUGAAUAAUAAUUUCGUGUUUGAAAACCUGCAUUUUGUACUUAUUUAGAAAGGAAAAUCGAAAAAAUUGCUAGUUGGUCGUUUAAAUCUCAAAACAGAUUUUUUUGUUCGUUUAUAAUCCAAAUUGGCCAACUAUAUUCCAGAUUGAAUAACGGUGUCAGUAUCUAUUUCAAUCCGGAUCAGCAGGUUGAUAUGAUUCGCACUAGACAUUUUAAAUUUUUUAACACCGUCCUUUGCGGUUUAUCGCAUUGCUAUGAUCGUGUAGGAGAAAGGCGGGGAAUAGCCUCUUAACGUCCGCGUUUCUUCCCAUCACGUUCUGUAAAUAUAGACGUACACAACCUUAAUCCUAUGUAUUUUAUUAUGUAAACGUACGAACUCCAAAUUCGUCGAAAUAUAUUUUCGUGUAUUAUCGGUUAGGGGUAGGUACUUACCUACUUCCUGCCCGGAAAACGAUCUCCCUUCCGCGACAGGUUUAUUUUUAUUUGUUUGUAACUUACACCCCCUCCCAUCAUACGUACGUGUAUGAGUACAUAAGUCGCUUAUCUUAAUCGAUUUGUAUAACAGAGAGAACAGAUAAAUAUAAAUACACAGCGGUAACUGUGUAAAAAAUGAUUGCCAAACAAAUAAUUUUUUUUUUAAAUAUAAACGUGUAAGUUAGUAUGUUUGCCAGUCGUUUUUAUUACACACGCGAAUUAGGUACAUGCAAAGUAAAAUGUCGAAUAAUCACGCGUUCGAAGAAAAAACACGGAAAAAUAGUUUUCAGUAGUUCUCCAUCUUAUUAUGUGUUGAAAGCUCUUCGCCGGAGCUGGACGCAAAAAUAAUAUAUUCUCAAAGAUGACAAUUUAAAAUUUUAAUACACAUAAUUAUAUUUAUUAUAAGGUGAUUUCGGACUCUAUUUUUGCGUAGGCAUUCCUAAACGUAUCGUGCCUACACCUACUACCUAGGUAUUUUUACUGGCUACUAUAACAUAUUCGUCUCGUUUUCGUUUUCUUUUCAUAUUGUACAAUAUCUAAAUCGACGAACCUAUUAUAAUAUAUAUUAUUUUUAUAUAGUCAACUAGAUUUUAUUCGACGGAAUUUACAGUCAAAUACCUCAUAAUAUAGUAAUAAUAAUUAUAAUUAUCUUAAUAUGUAGUAUAUACUAUAUGUAGGCUUUACACUUGCACAAUACAAAUCAUUAUAUUACAUUAUUAAACAUGUUGUAAAUUGUUAAAUUUUAUACGAAACUUGUUAUUAACUUCGUUUAGUAUAUUAUGUAUAAACCAUUAUUUGUCUUUUGUGAUAAUAGAAUUAAGACUGAACAUAAAUUAAUCGUUUAAAAAUGAAAAAAAAAAACAUUUUUACUAAUUUAUUUGGUCUCAACCUAAUUUAGGUGCACCUUCUAACAGGGUCACGCGUUUCUUGCAUAAACUUUGUAGAAUAAUAUUAUUAUAAUAUAUUAUAUAAAGGCACUUUUAAAUUUUUUUAUUAAAUCAACUCAAAAUCAGUGUGCCAAUUAUUAUUAUUAUAUUACAUUCAAUUUGUUAUGAAAUUAGAUAUAAAAAUAACUUUGCAUUCAUUUUGUUGUAGCUGAAUGGCUUGUAUUCAGAAUUCAAAUGUGUUGUCG